AUGUCUGGCAGCGCGGGCUUCGAUCGGCACAUUACCAUCUUCUCCGAGCAGGGGCGACUCUACCAAGUCGAAUAUGCAUUCAAGGCCAUCACGGCCGCCAACAUCAUGGCGGUGGGCGUGCGCGGCAAGGACUGCGCAGUAAUUCUGUCGCAGAAGAAGGUCCCGGACAAGCUCAUCGAUCCGGCGUCCGUGUCCCACAUCUUCCAGAUCUCGCCGUCCGUCGGCUGCGUCAUGACGGGCUCCAUAGCCGACGCCCGCGCGUUUGCGCAGCGUGCGCAGGGCGAGGCGGCCGAGUACCGGUACAAGUACGGCUACGAGAUGCCCUGCGACGUGCUGGCCAAGCGCCUGGCCAACAUCAGCCAGGUGUACACGCAGCGUGCGUACAUGCGGCCGUACGGGGUGGCGGCGACGCUGAUCUCGCUCGACGCGGAGGUGGGGCCGCAGCUGUUCAAGUGCGACCCGGCAGGCUACUACACGGGCUACAAGGGCACGGCGGCAGGGCCCAAGCAGCAGGAGGCGCUGAACCACCUGGAGAAGAAGCUCAAGAACAAGGACCACGCCGAGGGCACAUGGGAGGACGUCGUGGAGCUGGCCAUCACGACGCUGAGCACGGUCCUGAGCAUGGACUUUAAGAAGACGGAGAUUGAGAUUGGCAUCGUGGGCGGCCCGCAUGCCAACGGCGCCGAGGGCACGUACCCGGGCUUCCGGACGCUGACGGAGGAGGAGAUUGACGAGCGGUUACAGGCGAUUGCAGAGAAGGACUAA